ACCGUAUGUUGGCUGGCGCCGCCGACAAUGUGGGCAACGAAAAACCUUACUGAACAUCAAAUAGGCCAACUAACUGGCCUACUACGAGUGAUCGUUGACAGUGGUGGUUGUUCCGGUUUUCAGUACAAAAGUGGAAUUGUUCUCUCAUUCUUUUUAAAUGAUCAUCAUAGCAUCGUUGAAAAAUCUGGUGUGCAAGUGCUUGUGGACGAAGCGUCUGUAAGUUUUUUGAAAGGUGCUACUUUGGAUUACGAGGAAGAACUCAUACGUACGGGAUUUCGAAUUUCCAAAAAUCCGGUUGCAGAGAAAGGAUGUUCUUGUGGAUCCUCAUUUACAGUAAAAUUGGACUAG